UUGAAAGUUCUAUAUGUUGCAAGUGGUUAGAUUUGAAUUUAGGAGCUUCUAUUUGCCAGCCAAAUAUAGGAGAGAAAACGGAGGAGCAAAACAGGGGAAAUGAGAGGCUAGUAAUCUUCCUCUCUAAUGUUCUAGUCAAGCUCUAAGCAUACUCUGCCGUUUUUCUCUCGUGCUUUUCCUUGACAUUGAGCAGAGGAAUCACAACAUCUUACAUCAAAAAGUUAUCAUGGCCACCCAAGAGAAGCUGGAAGAGCCACAGAUGGAACAAAACACUGUCCAAAUUCAGCAAGAGGAGGAACCAUCCAAGACUGUCACUGAGAAAGCUAUGGAAACAGUGAAUGCCAAAGACGAAGUGAACAAGGGUGAAUCAAAGGAACAAGAUGAGCAUAAAACAAAGGAUAUUGUAGUGAUUGAGGAGAAAAAGAUGGUAGAUGAAGAGAAUGCUGCUUCACCAAGUGGAAUUCAAAAGAUUUCUUCAUUCAGGGAAGAGAGCAACCUCCUCUCCGAUUUGAAAGAGUAUGAAAAGAAAGCAUUGUCUGAGCUGAGGUCCAAGAUUGAAGAAGCGAUCCUUAAAAAUGAAAUUUUUAAAGAGAAGAAACAGCAAGAAAAGGAAACAUCAUCAACAAAAGAUGAAGAUAAAGAUCAGAAAGAGAAAUCAGCUGCAGCAGACAAGAAAGCAGAUGAUUCUGAAAAGGAGGAGCAACCAAAGCAGCUAGAAGGGGAAAGCGAAGGGGGGACUGCAUCAAAUGAAGGGAAAGAAGAAGAAACUCCCGCGCAAGCGAACACAGAACAAAAAGAAAUAGCUGCAAUAGGAAGCAAGAAAGACUUAACUGAUAAAAAAGUGGAAAAGGAGGAAGAGAUUCCUGAAAGAGGAGAAGAAGCAAAGGAAACCACCAAGCAAGAAGCUGUAGCAGAGCAAAAUAUAGACAAAGAUAUUGCACUUUGGGGAGUACCAUUAUUGCCCAGCAAAGGAGAUAUUAGAACCGAUACCGUACUAUUGAAGUUGUUAAGGGCAAGAGAGUUCAAGGUCACUGAUGCUUUUGAGAUGUUGAUAAACAUUCUCAAAUGGAGAAAGGAAAACAAGAUCGAUUCAAUUUUGGGUGAGGAUAUUGAGGCUGAUCUUGGCCCCAUGGCCUACAUGGAAGGCAAUGAUCGCAAUGGACACCCAUUAUGUUUCAACAUCUUUGCGGUGUUCGGCCAUGAUGAGCUAUAUGGAAAGACAUUUGAAGAGAAACGCGAGAAAUAUUUGAGGAGAAGGAUUCAGCUGAUGGAGAAGGGUAUUCAAAAGCUUGACUUCAAGCCUGGUGGUGCAUCCGCAAUACUCCACAUUAAUGAUCUUAAGAACACUCCUUUACCCACGAAGAAAGAGCUCCGGAAUGCAACAAAGAAAGGAGUUGAACUUCUUCAGGAUAAUUAUCCUGAAUUUGUUGCAAAAAAUAUCUUCAUCAAUGUUCCCUUCUGGUAUUACCCAUACAGUGCUCUCUUCUCACCUUCCUUAUCUCAAAGAACCAAAAACAAAUUCGUCUAUGCUCGCCAGGCCAAGGUCACAGACACUCUGCUCAAGUACAUUGCUGCGUCGCAAAUUCCAGUUCAGUAUGGUGGGCUUAAACGUGAGAAUGAUUCUGAAUUCUCAGUUGAAGAUGAUGCAAAAGAGGCUAUUGUAAAGGCGGGAUCGCACGAAACCAUUGAGAUCCCAGCACCAGAGGCAGGAAACACCUUAAUCUGGGACCUGACAGUGUCUGGUUGGGAAGUGAACUACAAGGAAGAAUUUGUCCCGACUGAUGAGGGUUCAUAUACCAUAAUUGUGCAAAAGGGGAGGAGAAUAACUUGGCAGGAUGGAACAAUUCGCAAUUCUUUCACGAAUAAAGAACCUGGAAAGAUUGUGAUUACAAUUGAAAAUGGAGCAUUCAAGAAGAAGCGGAUUCUGUAUCGAUACAAGACCAAGACUUCAUCAUCCCUUUGAUGCUCCUAGUAAAUUAAGAGCAUAAUUUUCUAAUUUUCUUUUUGGAGUUGAUGGUGAUGUUUGUCUGACAGGAAGAUACAUGGGAAUUUUCAUUUUUUCUUGAAGCACUUCGCAUAUCUUUCAGUUUCAGUUUAGGCAAAUAAUAGGAUCAGAGAUGGGGAAUGUUUGUGUUGACAAGUAUCAGUACUCAGUAUUGAACCUGUCUUCUGGUAUCAAUUUAUUGGUUUGUUUAC